AUGCGGCAACGAAUCACGUAUCUACUGCCAGAAGGCACGGAACUCGACCCGGGCGACGUGAAGGUCGGUCGAACAGAGAUUUUUUACAAGAAAGUCGAGCAAGCUGCUGAAGAGAAUCGGAUCACGCUUGGCUUGAGUGAGCUGCCUGAGGACGUAAGUUUGUCAAUCUGGUGGUGCAGAACGCUAUGUUGUGGUUGACACCUCGGCAGCUACGGGUCUUCCUCGAGGACUUUCAUGAACUGCACAUACGAGUUGCAUCUCCUCGGAAUGCAAACCAUCUUGUCCCAACGAUUUCGCGGGUGCCGCCGGGAGUGCACGCCUUCUUCACGCCCAGGAAACCCGGCCAUGAGUAUGUAGAAACCCCCAUCACCUUAGCUGCAGAACGUAGCUAAUUCGAUGUAGUACGAAUCUCUGCAGCGCUCUGAGAGGCGUUCUUGGAGAAGCCGUCAAAUGUUCGAAUGCAUCCGAGUCUUUCAGCAAGCCUCCAAUCCUAUCGGAACGUUUCGCCAGCUCGUCGACUUUCCAGUUCUACCAUGGACCAGACGGCAUGGAGCGCUUGUCCCGGAUGUUGGAAAGCGCAGCUUGUGAGGAAACAUCGACUCUCCAAACAUUGUGCAAUGCCGCGAAGGAGUCCUCCGCAGCCUCCUACCUAGAUUUCGACUUCGAUGUGAUUAGCCAUGCUCUUACCGUCACCGCUCUGCGGCCAAGCUCCAAUGGAGCCCCCGGACGGAGCAAAAGAGGCUCAGUCCGAAAGCUGAAUCCAGACGAUCGGGUUGAGGUUGGCAUUCUGCAAGCCCAGAAGGCCGAGGAGCCAGAGGAGCUAUCCCUUGGUGGACUCCUCACAGUCCUCGGGGACGAUGAUCACCCAAGUGCGGAUUUCCAACCCUGAAAAUGCAAGCCAGAGAUCGCGCUGACGCUCAACAGGUCCGACAUUGUUCUCCUUCCCCGCGCGACAUCAUCCGCUCCACGCAGGCGACGGCACACAGUACACGGUCGCCUUCCAGCAACCUACCGGCCUUCAUCCGAAGCUCGACAUCGUCCUACCCGCCAAAAAUCUCGCGCCUCCAAAGGAUAGCUGUGCUCUACAUGCUUACUGGACCCUGCCAUCCCCCCUCUUCAUCGACCGCUACCAACUCUCCGACCACCUCUUCCUCGAAUCGCAAAACCUCGUAGCGUUACGUGCCCUGAGUGGAGAGCAGGAUCUCGAAGCACCCGAUUGGGCAGUCAAAGGCUGGGGCUCUGCCGCCCUUCUGGAACUCGCACGUCCGACGUCCGCAGAGGAAGGGAAGAACUGGACAAUCACCAUCCCAACUCACCUGAGGUACAUCAACGCCACGGCAUCUCCCGACGGUCUCGCCUCGGUCGAGAUCCCAUGGCCUGUAGUCUUCUGGGCAUGUGAAGCGCAAGAGGGCUUGAAAAUGUCGGUCAAUCCGUUCGACAGGGUCAAUCUGGGAUAUGAUGGAUUGUUUGGGCCCAAGACCAUGUUCUAUCACGUACCGCCUGCAAGUGGUGUGGGUGUGCUUGUGGAGACGCUCGCAGUGCCUGUACUCGAUGGUCAGUCGGCACAAUGGGUGCCGUUGGGAACGGCGAUUGCUGUCUUGAUUGGAUUUGGAUGGAUUUGUUGGCAGAUGGUUGGUAGGAGCAGAUCUACUGCUACAAGUGAGAAGGACAAGAAAGUUCGGUAA